GCGCGGGGUGUCGCCGGGCGUCGUCGGCAGAAAGGCCGUCGCUCGUCGCUAUAAAGUCUUCUUCUCUUCUUCACCACUUCCUCGCUCUCUAUAUCUUGCUAUAGUCAAUUACACUCACUAUCAUCACCAUGCCCGCCUACCCCGAAAACAACCGCACCUGGCAGAUCCUGCAGGCCGCCGAGCGUGGCGGCUACGCUGUGCCCGCCUUCAACUGCUACAACGCCGACGGUGUCCUCGGAUCCAUCAAAGCGGCCGAGAACCUCAACGCGCCCGCGAUGGUCGAGAUCUUCCCGUUCUCGCUGCACUUCCACGGCCCCGAGUUUGUCAAGUUCGCGGCCGCGGCCUGCCACGCCGCUAAAGUGCCGAUCGCGCUCCACCUCGACCACUGCACCCUCCCCGCCGACGUGUACACCGCGCUCGAGCUGCCGUUCGACUCCAUCAUGGUCGACGCCUCGACCGAGGACCCCGAGGCGAACAUCGAGUUUGUGUCAAAGAUCGUCAAGAUGGCCGAGGAGCGCGGCAUCACGAUCGAGGCCGAGAUGGGCCGCAUCCAGGGCGGCGAAGACGGCGUGCCGACUGUCGACAUGGAGGCGCUCUACACCGAGCCCGAGUUCGCGGCCGACUUUAUGCAAAAGACGGGUGUGCACUACCUCGCGCCGUCGUUUGGAAACAUCCACGGACCGUACCCGCCUGGUGGGCCCGAGAAGUACUGGCAGCUCGACCGACUGGCCAAGAUCAAGGAGCUCAACCCCACGAUCCCGCUGGUUUUGCACGGCGCGUACCCGAUCAUCCCUGAUCUGUACAAGAAGACCGUCGAGCUCGGGAUGCGCAAGGUGAACCUCAACCGUAACCUGCACGACGACUACCUCGACUACCUGAAGGAGAACAUCGGAAAGGUCGAGAUGACCGGUCUGCAGGAGAAUUCGAUCGCGCUCUGGGUGAAGGAAGCCGAGCGGUGUAUCAAGAUGCUUGGCUGUGAUGGCAAGGCCGGGGAUGUCAAGCCUAUUGUUUAGUUGUAGUUAUAGAGUCUUUAUAUCAUUUUUAUUACCUAUAUCCCUUAUAUCUCUUAUAUCACUUAUCAACUCCAGCUUAUUCAUAGCUUACUUCUCUCUCUCCCUUCUUACUACAGCAAACCCGCAAUUGGACGAUGACAAAUGACAAUGUCAUCACUAAUCAAUUACUAAUCAACGGAGUUAAGCUGCGGUGCGUUUGAGCAAAACCCUAAUAUUCCGUCAUCACUGCCUUCUUCCUCCUCUCCUCCUA